AGCAAACAUGUGUUUUUUCAAUAUUUCAAAAACCUUUAAAUCAAAUUUGUUUUUUGUUUUUGUUUCUUUUGAAAAAAAAUGCUUUCAUUUAACUGUAAAAAUAUCAUCAAAUCAUGUUCAAUCACUGUAAAUAAAUGGGCAAUAAAACGUUCAAUCAAUACAACAUCCAUUCUAAAUGGAAGAAGAAAUUUUCGAAAAUUUCCAAUACCAAAUAAACGUGGAUUAUUUGAACAUUCAAAAUUACCGAAAGAAUUAUUAGAAAAUGAAUAUGAUUUUCCCGUCGGUAUUGAUGAUAUGAAAAUACGUUAUCCAGGCAUUUGGUUUGGUAAAAAAUUUGAAUAUGUUCGUGAAAUGGAACCCGAAAUUAUUGUACCAAAAGAUUUAGAUGAUUGUAAAUUAAAACCAUAUGUUUCAUAUAAAACAAAUGAAAUACAUCAAUCAAAAUUUACAGCUGAAGAUUUAUUCAAUUCAACAUAUGGUUCGGAAAUUAUUAACCGAUAUCAGGAAAAACAAACAUUACCCGAAUCAUGGUUUAUUUAUGAUGAACAGGCAAUAAUUGAUGCAAAAAAUAAAGCAUUAAAAACUGGUUCAGAUAUAUUUUCACAUACAAGUUAUUUUGGAAAUUUAAAAUGAUAAAUUUAUUUAUAUU